CCCACAAUCAAUGCAUGGUUCUGAGCGUCCCCUGGGCGCUCUAAUCACAGUGCAUGCGCUUAUUGGUCGCCUGGCCUAUACCUGAUUCCACCUGUGGUCGCGUUCGGCAGUUCGCCGUCAGCGCUAUGCACCCGAAGGAGCAUAGUUGAUCAUGGCAGAUGCAAGUUCCAGGCGUCUUCCACUCAGCUAUAAAGGUCGGGUGGGCUAUGGAGCACCACGUUAGUUGCACGUCACCCAAGCUUCAUCAGACAUUCCCUCAGACCCCGUUGCUACUUACUACUUCCUUCCUGCAGGUAUGAGCGAUCACUCUCGUUCUAGAAAUCGAUUCCCUACUGACUCUUUCUCCUUCGAGCUCGAGUGUCCGCGUAUGGGCCCACGUACCUGCCUCAUGAAUGGCCUAGCCGUGACACAGCAGCCCCUCACCGGGCCAUAUCCAAUGCGUCCAGCUACCGGUAUCCUUCCCGAACCGAAAUACGAUAUCUCUGUUGCAAGUGGGUCUAACCUGCCACCAUACCAUGGCCAACCGGCGAAUCACACAUCAUGGGUGCCACAUUUGCCGGCGUCCCUAGUGGCGAUGGAUAUGACACCCAUGCUCAACAUAGGUAGUGAUUCUCGCCGCGACGAUCAUUCGCAACAUGCCAGCCUAGAGGUUCCACACUCCUUACAGCUCAACGGCACUACCUCGGAGUUCCCGGGCCCUGUCGAAAGCGGAUCCACCGUGAACAGGAACUCAAUGAUUUCGUUCCGUGAUACCAACGAUGGAAAAGCUUCGCGGGGUCACGUUGGUCAGUCGGAGCUCUCAGGCGCGGCUCGCAGUGCCGCCGAUAUGACGCAGCCACCUCCCGGGCCCGGAACAUUGACCGCCCCACGACAAGCGGGAACGAGACGCUUUCACUGCAGAUGGAACGGCUGCGGCGCGCAGAUUGAACGCACGAGGGCCGCCUUGGCUCUCCAUCUAAGAGACGUACAUCCCUCCGGCGUCAGCAACAAUGAUACCCGGGUACGCUGCCUGUGGAACGGAUGUACGCGGGAAUGCAUGCUCGCAUGCAACCUACGCCGCCACGUCUUCGAGGUACACGCUCGCGGCAUCGCGAGGAAGAUCAAGUGCGAGAGGUGUGGGCAGGAGUUCACCCGGUGGGGAUCGUUGCGGAGGCACCGGCUGGCUUCAUGUGGACAUGAUGACCUAGGGAUUUAAGGACGGUGGCCCAUGAAAUGGCCCGCGGUAAUCAUUAUAACACCUGUUGACCCAAGCAUCGUUCUCUUUGCUCUGGCUGUUUGGAUUCUUUAGAAUGGCUGCGCCUCAGAUAUGAAAUGUGUCUGGCUGGCUGCGGAGUGCGGUUGGAAUACACCAAGGAUACUGCGACGUCGGAAGGCUCCGAGACGUACUUACCCCUGUCCCCUGCGAGCGUCAACCGGAGCCAUGCGACUCAGAACGUCCACUGCAUGUCUCUGCUUUGGGUAGUACUUCUCUUACUGUCCCGUCCAAUGAGAAUAAGUACUGAAGAUUGGUACUCCU